AUGGCUACGAAAAGUCUUACCGUUGGUGUGGUCGGAGCAGGUCUUGGCGGACUAAGUGCUGCUAUUGCCAUGGCCCGAGCCGGUGCGGAUGUUACUUUGCUCGAAGCUGCCCAUGAGCUAGGAGAAAUUGGUGCUGGGAUCCAGGUGUUCCCAAAUGUUUCCCGAUUCCUCAUCCGGUGGGGCGUGGACAAGAUAAUCGGGGAUAACUUGGUGGAACAUGACGAGUGCAACACUUACGUUGGCCCAGAAGCGACACUUGUCGCUCAUUCCGCACCUUCGGACCUCGCACUCCGUUCUGGCUUCCCAUGGUGGGUCGUGCGACGUGAUCAUCUCCACCAUGGCCUUACUGAGUCUGCUCGUCAUCACGGUGUGAAGGUUAGAGUCAAUUCUCGCGUGAACUACCUCGAAGAUUCGGCGACGGCUAUUAAGCUCUCAACUACUAAUGGCGAGACCUAUUCCUUUGACUUCGUUGUCGGAGCCGACGGCAUCAGAUCCUUUAUUCGCUCCCAACUUGCCCCUAGUGUUAGCCCAAAGGCACCAUCAAAAGUUGCCGCGUACCGUGGCGUCCUCUCCUACGAGCAGAUCUUUUCGGAGAUCCCUGAGGCAAGGGCAUAUCUUCGGAAUAGCAUGGACGUAUGGGCAGGGCCGAAUGGAUACAUCUUGACGUACCCUAUCUCUGGAGGAAAAGAGCUCAAUAUCGUGACUGCUUUCUGCAAAGACGAUUAUGUGACCGAAAUGGGAGAGGUGGAUAUUGAAGAAUUCCGGAACUACUAUCAAGACUACAGUCCGGUGAUCCAGAAAGUUCUUCGCCUGGUCAAUUAUUCGCACAGAUGGCCGCUGCUGCAGAUGCCUCCCAUGAAAAGCUGGUCAAACAAGCACGGGAAUGUGGUGCUCAUGGGUGAUGCAGUCCACUGCAUGCAAAACCACAUGGCCCAAGGUGCUGCUACAGCAGUCGAAGAUGGCGCGUUUCUGGGCCGUAUUGUGAGCGAGGUAAUCCGAGGCACUAUAUCAGUAAAUGAAGGUGUCUCCCUUUACGAAAAACAACGCAUUCCAAAGAGUUGGAUAAAACAGCAGAUUUCACACGUGUCAGGUCUUAUGAAUAUGGCCACCCACACGACGGAACGCGACAAUGCUUCUGUUCCCGAGGUUCUGGCUGCCUUCCAAAACCGUGUCAACCCGGUCAAGCCGCCACCUACUUAUCGGUCAUGGCAAUUUUAUUGCUCAAGCGAUACCGUGCCCGGAAUCUUUUAUUAUGACGCUGAAGGUGACGCUGACGCAGCCGUGUGCGAAUACCUCACUAGCAGAGGUCCAGUUAAUGCAGACGAAAUGCUCAGCGAGAAUUUACGAGAUAAGUGGACUGGUUAUGCCAGAAAUAACGGGAUAGUUCGCCAGGCAUCCGUUCUAUGA